AGAAAUAUUAUUGGAAAUCACCGUAAUCGUUGACUCAUUGCUUUUAAUACUGUCUUUGUUCGGGACUUUUCGAUAGCAAUAUUUACAUUGUUAUUUAUUUGAAAUCAAACAUAGAAGACUUAUAAUUCAUCGUGUUGAAGUAAACCUGUCAAAUAUCAUCGAAACUGAAGAAAGCCGCUCAAGCAAGUCGUUCAUGUUGUGAACCCACUUGUUGAUGUCCAGUUGCACGGAUUCUGAGGGUCCUCCUGCCAAGAAACAGAGACAAAAUAACAUAGAACAAAAUACUGAAAAUUCCGCCUCAAAUUCUGUUAUAAAAGAAGGAUUAACAAUGGGAUCAAAGCCAGUAAAGAAUUCAAAUAGCCCCAAAAAGGUCAACAUGUCACAGAAUGGGACAAGUGAAACUGACAUUGAUGAAAGUCUGUAUUCCAGACAGUUAUAUGUACUUGGCCAUGAAGCCAUGAAAAAGAUGGCCAACUCUAAUGUUCUAAUUUGUGGAAUGAAAGGACUAGGAAUAGAGAUUGCAAAGAAUGUUGUUCUUGGUGGUGUUAAAUCUGUUACUAUACAAGACACAGAAGAAACAACCUGGUAUGAUCUGAGUUCACAGUUUUUCUUGAGGGAGAAUGACAUGGGGAAGAACAGAGCUACUGCUUCUCUGAAUAGACUUUCUGAAUUGAAUAGCUAUGUACCUAUUAGUUCUAGCACUGAUCCCUUGUCAGAAAGCUUUCUCAAAAGGUUCCAGGUGGUAGUAUUGACAAACUCUCUACUUGAUGAGCAGAUAAAGCUUGGUGAAUAUUGUCAUUCAAAUGGAAUCAAACUGAUAGUAGCUGAUACAAAAGGUUUAUUUGGAGAAGUGUUCUGUGAUUUUGGAGAGAGUUUCAUGGUAAAUGAUUCAGAUGGAGAACAACCAAUCAGCAACAUGGUGGCUUCAGUUACAAAGGACAAAGAAGGAGUUGUGACAUGUCUGGAUGAAUCUCGUCAUGGUUAUGAGGAUGGUGAUUACGUAACCUUCUCAGAAAUAAAAGGAAUGACAGAGUUGAAUGGAUGUGAAGCUCGCAAAAUUAAAGUUUUGGGCCCUUAUACAUUUAGUAUUGGAGACACAACUGGUUUAUCCGCAUACGAGAGAGGAGGAAUUGUUACACAAGUCAAAAAACCAAAAGAAAUGAAAUUUAAAUCAAUUCAGAAUGCAAUGAAUGCACCAGAGUUUGUUUUAACUGACUUUGCCAAAUUUGAUCGACCAGGACAGUUACAUAUUGCAUUUCAAGCACUGUCUGAGUAUGUGAAGUCCAAAGGACAGUUGCCUAAAAGCCGAUCUAAAGCUGAUACAGAAGCUUUUGUUGCUAUUGCCAAACAGGUGAAUAAUCAAUCUGGAGCUAAAGUUGAUGAACUUGAUGAAUCUCUGAUGAAGGAGUUCAGUUAUUCUGCUAGAGGAGAAUUAUGUCCCCUGGCAGCUGUUAUUGGUGGAAUUGCGGCACAGGAAGUAAUGAAAGCCUGUUCAGGAAAAUUUGGUCCAGUUAAUCAAUAUCUAUAUUUUGAUGCCUUGGAAUGUCUACCUGAAGAGAAUGCAGAAAGUAUACUUACAGAAGAAACAUGCAAACCUCUAAACUGUAGAUAUGAUGGUCAGAUUGCAGUAUUUGGCAAGGACUUUGUUAAGAAAAUGGGUGCACAAAAAUACUUUCUGGUAGGGGCAGGUGCAAUAGGAUGUGAGAUGUUGAAGAACUGGUCUAUGAUGGGACUUGGUUGUGAUGGAGGGAAAGUGAUAGUUACAGAUAUGGACAUCAUAGAAAAAUCUAACCUCAACAGACAGUUUCUGUUCAGACCCUGGGAUGUACAGAAACCGAAAUCAGGUACUGCGGCCAAUGCUGCAAAGGAAAUGAAUCCUGCAUUUAACAUAAUAUCACAGGAGAAUAGAGUAGGUGGAGAGACAGAAAAUAUAUAUACUGACGAAUUCUUUGAAGAUCUAGAUGGCAUCACAAACGCUUUAGAUAAUGUUGAUGCAAGAAUGUAUAUGGAUAGACGCUGUGUAUAUUACUGUAAACCACUUCUGGAAUCGGGCACACUAGGAACAAAAGGAAAUGUACAAGUAAUUUUGCCACAUAUGACUGAAUCCUACUCCUCAUCACAGGAUGCAGUAGAUGAGACCUUCAUGUCUUGCACACUCAAAUUUUUUCCGUACGUUAUUGACCAUACUCUAAAGUGGGCCCGUGAUCAGUUUGAAGGAUUGUUUAAUCAGCCAGUAGAGUCAGCUCUGCAGUACCUCUCUGACCCAAAAUUUAUGGAGAGGACAUUGAAAUUGCAAGGUACUCAACCAACUGAAACAUUGGAAACUGUCAAGAAAGCUUUGACCACAGAGAGACCAAAGGACUUUCAGGAAUGUGUAGCUUUUGCUCGUAAUCUUUUCCAAGAGAAUUAUAAUAAUUCAAUACGACAGCUUCUGUUUAACUUUCCAUCAGACCAGGUUACAUCAUCAGGGGCACCUUUCUGGUCAGGACCCAAAAGAUGUCCACAUCAUCUAGAAUUCAGUAUCAAUAAUGAUGUCCAUGUAGAUUUUGUUGAAGCAACUGCUAAUCUUCGGGCUGAAAUGUAUGGAAUACCACAAGUUCGUGAUAGGAAAGCUAUUAAAAGUAUGAUUGAGAAGGUCAAAGUUCCAGAGUUCACACCAAGGUCAGGAGUCAGAAUAGAUGUGAAUGAUGCUGACAUGGAAGCUAACAGAAAUUCAGGAUCUUUUGAUGAAAAUCAAUUAGAAGAAUUACAGAAGUCGAUACCACCUCCAGAAAGCUUAAAGGAAUUAAAAUUAAAACCUAUAGACUUUGAAAAAGACGAUGACACAAAUUAUCAUAUGGACUUUAUUGUUGCUUGCUCAAAUUUACGUGCACUAAACUAUGAUAUCCCUCCGGCAGAUAGACAUAAGAGUAAAUUGAUUGCAGGAAAAAUCAUUCCAGCUAUAGCAACCACAACAGCUUUAGUAGUUGGUCUUGUGUGUAUAGAAUUGAUCAAAAUAGUGCAAGGUCAAAAGAAAAUGGAGACAUACAAGAAUGGUUUUCUGAAUUUGGCAUUGCCAUUCUUUGCCUUCUCAGAACCUAUUGCAGCCAAAAAGAGCAAGUAUAAUGAUGAAGAAUUCACACUGUGGGAUAGAUUUGAAGUUCAAGGUGACAUGACCUUACAGGAAUUAUUAGAUUACUUCCAGAAAAAUUACAACUUAGAGAUAACAAUGUUGUCACAGGGAGUUUCCAUGCUGUUUUCAUUCUUCAUGGCACCAGCAAAAGCUAAAGAAAGGAAAGCUUUACCGUUAACAGAAGUAGUGAAGAGGGUAUCGAAAAAGAAAAUUCCAAGUUAUGUACGAGCUCUAGUCUUAGAAAUUUGUUGUUAUGAUAAGGAUGGAGAAGAUGUUGAAGUUCCAUACAUUAAAUUCAAUCUACCAAAACAGUGAUAGUAUAUGACAAUUAGUUGUACAGUUAUCAUUCUAUUACAUUCAUCAACUGCUUCAUUUUCCAGCCAAAAGCAAAACGCAUAUCCUCUUUCCUAGAAUUCACAAAAGCAACAGAAAUAAUCCUUACUGAUGAAGUAUCAUAGAAUUGCAUAUUAAAUAUAGAUUUGAAUCUAUGAAUAAAAGUUCUGCAUAUAUUAUGUAUGUUUUGGACAAAUACCUUUGUCAGAAUUAUGUAUACUACAAAAAUGUUAAUUUAUUGAUAUAAGAAUAUGAAUGUUUAAACAUUAUUGUAAAAUUAGUUGAUAUCCACAGUUGUCUUCAUUGAAAUUUACUGGUUGAUAAUCUCAUAUGUGAUUAAUAUUUGAUCCAUCAUUUUUUUGUAUUUUGCACCCCUCAUUAUGUGUUUCAUUUCUUGUUAUAGAAUUGUUUAUUUCACUUUCAAUGUGUAAAUCACAUUAAAUAAGCUUAGGUGUUGGAAAAAUAGUUCAGACAUCAUCUCCUUUGUGGGCAAUAUGAAUAUCAAGCUUUUGAUCCAGUAUUUUGGUCUGGAUCUUGCUAUUCUCUCUUUGUAGUAGUUGACACAUGUACAAUUUCUAGUGGGUAAACAAAAUAUUGUUAUAAAAUUUUAAAACAUUUCUUGCACAAAAGAAUUUUUAAAAAUAUAAUGGAAGACCAAGCCAUUCCUGUUUCACAAAUGCAAAAAGAUUAUGUUUUGCAUGUGGAUGAUUUUGAAAAUUUAGAAAAUUUAUUCCUGAACAGACUUUGAGUAUUGAAGUAUUUUUAAAACACCACAAAAGAUAAUUUUAGAUAAAAUGUGCACUAAUUUAGUUAUUCUAACAGUACUUAAUCAACAAUAAACUUAAGUAAUAUUUGGAUCAGAGAUUCCUAAAAGUUAACAUCAAAUCCACCAAAACUAAAUAUACAUAUGUAUUUUAUAUCCCUGUUUAGGUAGAAAGAUUUGAUUUUCUGAAAACACCCCAAAAAUGAGAGAAGAUCAAACUGACAUGAUAAAAUAUUAAAUAUGGUCAUGCUACCUAGAGUGUAGCCCUUCGAUUUAAUCAAAUUUACCAAACCAUUUAAAAAUGAAAGGAAUUUGCUGUUUUGUAAAAUAUGCAGAAACAAUAUAAUUAUACUCUUGAAAGUAAAUUUUUAUUGAAUUGUGGAUUCUCUAUUAUUAAAUAUCGGGGGAAGCAUAUGUACUCACUAAUCACAAUGUUAAUAUUCAAUUGUAGUUUUUGUUUGUUCAAAUAUUGUGUUAAAUGUGUUCUUAAAGUAUAGUCUGGAAAGAGUCUUACGGUCAGAACCCAAGUUUUAAAAAAGUACCUGUCAGCAUUUUAUUAUUUAAAGAUCGCAAACUCCUAGUUAUUGUGCUUUUUACAAUUUCAUUAUAAUAUUUAAGGUCAAAACCUGGUUUUCUUGUCCCUUAUUCUGAUCUUUAUUGAAGGUCAGGUUUAUGUGAUGUUAAAAUUGCCAAAGUUGUGAAAUUUCCUGCUUAAAGUAGUUGGUAUCUUUUUAACACGGUCCCUUUGCUGGAGAGGUAGAAAUUUAACUCUAGCAAUAUUUUUGUGACAAAGAAACUGAGUCCUCUUACUAACCAAAUUGAUCUGUUUCUGAAUACAAAUGAUCUUGUGAAGUCUUUUUUCAAGUAAAGAAUAUUUUUAAAAUGUUUUCUCAAAUGUUAUCUUUUGAAAAGCAACAUGUCAGCAUGGAACAGUGGACAUAAUGCAUCAAAGUUUGUGAGUUAGAAAAGUACAGAUUUCUUGUACAUUGAUAUGUAUAUAUGAUGUUUUGUAGGCAGAGCCCAUUUUCAUACUUGAAUAUUUGUUUGUGCAAAUAAAACUAUUAUUUUUCUAUGUGAACAAUGUGUAUACGAUAUAGAUCCAAUUUUUUUCUACAGUGCAUAAAGAAAGAAUUUGAUUGAAGAAAAGAUAUGCAUUUUUUCUUUUUUGUUAAACAUGUCCUUUAUUUUGAUGACCUUUCUCUUAAGGUAAAUAGUGCUAUUGUAAAACAUUUUUUUUUAAAAGUGCUUAUUAGAAAAAAAUUAAGAUUAUUGAAUAAAUGCAUUUUAUGAUAUGAGAUGAAAAUCUUUUCGGUAUGCAUAUCAUAAGUUUGUAAUUCUUUCUGGACAGCUGAAAUUAUAAUUGGUUUUCUUUUUCUGUCUAUUAUUCUGUUGUCUGGUUAUACAGAUAGGAAUAAACAGAAAUUACAAAUUAAAAUGCACUAGUAGAAAUGUG